AUGGUGGCAACGGAAUCUCUUUUAGUCCUUCUGAAACAAUCUGCUUUCAGCGAAGUCGACUGCAAGUUGGCGCUUCGAGGCCAGAAACUUCCAGCGCAGUUGGGUAACAGCGUUGCGCGGCUAUGUGCAGUGAGCGGCAUUCGACAGCAUGAUCGCUUCGCCAGGUCUGCUGGCGUCUCGGAUCUCUGUCACCUGCAAGGACAAGAAGUGUUCAGGCGGGCUCGUAAUGCCCGCUUAAUCAUGAGCGGCCAUGUGCCCAGCCUUGAGCAGAUGCCUGACAAGAACUCCUACCCAUACUGCAUCUGGUAUCCUGAUGUCGCUGGCGAAGAAACGUAUCAAAAGCUUGCUGCGGCAUUCCCUGAUACGCGAUAUCAAGUCGGCCGGGCCUGCGCAGUCGCGGGAUAUGCCGAACUGUAUCGCGAGCUUAAUCUGCUUCCCGAUGUAUGCAUUGCUGAGGAGGCACGAGAAGCUGGCAACGGUGGUUCCCGCCGCAUCUUCAACGACAUCAUGGCCAAGCCUACACGCUAUGCGGUCAUGAACGACUACAACCUUGCCAUUGAUCUGCAGAACGCUAAGCCUGGCGCUUGCUUGAAUGCUGACACUGCCGUGCUCGCCACCCUCAAGAGACGCGCGAGGUUCUGUAUUGGUCUUGGAAGCCGCCCAUGGAGAUAUUUCAACAUCACCGAAGACUGGGGGGUUGGCGAGAAGGACUCGGAGCCCGAGGAGGUGACUCUCACUGACUCUGAGGUAGCCCUUUUUGAAUCCCCCUUGCCCUUUGACCUUCCGACUAUGCAUAAAGACUUGCUGAUCUUGGCAGCCGCCUUCGAGGGCAACGUCGACCGCUAUUCUCGCCUCCGCCGUCCGGGUCGUAGCGUGGACUAUGAGUACCACUGCCUGCUCCCGGGUAUCUAUCGAAGCACUUCCAUGGCACUCUGGCUGGCCCACAAUCCGGACAUCAUGGAGGUGGUUGUGGCUGCUUGGGACUGGGGUGACAUCCAAGGCCUGAGGAGAGCAAUUAACGCCAGGCAUGUCAUGAACAAUGACACACAUCGUCUCUUGGAUGCUGAACCACCUGUACCUGAUGAUGAGCUCCCGUACUGGAUCUGGUACCCGAACGGUUCCCGCCCAUCGCACACCACGCUUGUCAACCUGGCCAAGGCUCGACCUGCCAUGCGACCCCAGUGUGUCCGUGCAAGCAUCGCUAUCGGCCAUCGUGGUUUAUACACUCAGCUUGUGGACAUGGACGCCGAAUUCCCUAGCAGUAACGUUGACCAUAUUUCUCCCGUGGUGGACUUUUAUGUUAUGAACGAGGCGAAAGCCAGCCCUGACCGUGACUUUUACGUGGCUGACCUGGAGAGACUGCAGAGAGAGCGCGGGCUUGUAACACUGAGGUACAAUUACGAUAAAUGGAAAAUAAAUGUUCCCUGGAAAACGGGGGAUAUGGCUUCUGAUGUAAUACUUGGAACGCUGACGGAUGACGCAUCGUGCAUCGUGCACACCGGUCAGGAUUGGGAGGCGAACGACGCACAACCACCCAAACCAGAGGAGGACAUCCUCCUUAUUAUGAAGACUGGCGGAACAACUAUGUGGAAACGCUUGCUCCCACACCUCACCACAUCCUUAGGAAGCGAACGCAUUGCCAGCUCUAAUGUAGUUAUAUACUCAGAUCAAGACGAGCGAGUCGGCCCGUUUACAAUUAUCGAUUGCCUUGUCAAUAUGACAGACAAGGUAAAGAAGUCAACAGAGUUUGACGUCUACCGCGAACAGCUAGAGUUCUCCUCAAACAACCGCUAUGUCGAAGCUGCUGGUAUUGACGGUGAUGACAGUGGGCCGACUGGUGGUUGGAUUAUCGACAAAUACAAGUUUCUGCCGCUAAUAGACCACGCAGGUCGCAAUUGGCCACAAGCUAAGUGGUAUGUUUACAUGGAGGACGACACGUAUCUCUUUCUCCCUAAUCUACGCCAGUAUCUUUCCAAGUUUAACUGGCGAGAGAACCAUUACCUUGGGAGUUUUGCGGCCAAGUCAGAUACCGUCUUUGCUCACGGUGGAUCUGGCUUUGCGCUUUCACGGGGCGCAUGGGAGUCGUCAUUUGGGAAGAAUCCUCAUAUUGUAGAGGACUAUUACCAGUACGCAAAAGACCACUGUUGCGGCGACCAGGUUCUCGCUCAUGCGUUGAAGACGCAUGGCGUAAAAUUUGGAGAGAAUGGUGGCGACGAAAAGUUCACCUGGGGUUUCAACCCCGUCGUCCACUGGUCGUUUCCGUUUAGCAGGUACAAUUGGUGCAGUCCUCUCUUAUCCUGGCAUAAAGCACACGGUCGCGAUAUUGCUCGGUAUUAUGACCUGGAGAGGAUCUGGGACUUCACUAAACCACUUUUAUACCGUGAUUUCUUCCUUAAAAUGAUUGCCUCUCACAUUCAAAAGAAAACCGAGUGGUGGAAUAACAUGGCGAGCACGUAUGAGAUCUCCUCUUCGAACAAAGAACGGCCACCAGCCCCAGACAAAGCUAGCACGUAUGAUCUCCAGCUUUGGAAGAAAGCCUGGGAGUCUGUUGAGUCUUGUGAGUCAGCUUGCAGUGGCUGGAUAGACUGUACUAUGUGGACGUAUGUUGAGGACUUGUGUAAGAUGGAUGAUAAGGUGGUUAUGGGCCAAGGCUAUGCGCCUUCUAUGCAUCAACGCAAAACAUCUUUAAAGCACACUAGCGGGUGGUUACUAGAAAGAUUGGAAAACUGGAGAUGCUGA